AUGGCUAAACACAGAUCCAAAGCAAAAUUUCGGAACAAGAACAAACAGAAUGUUCCUGGCAACAUUCCUAUUAACUCGACUAUUGAGACGAACUCAGAAUGGAACAUAGCCGCUGGAUUGACUCAGACUACCCCAUUCAACAACAGUCAUCAUGCUCACCAACCUCUCAUGAAGUUGACUCCUCCGGGACGCUAUGGCCCCAAGGAGUCUCGAGAGCGUCUCGAGUCACAGGGCUACCACGCGUUGGUCACAAGCAUGACUAAGAAAGAGGUCGAGGCCUCUUACGAGGAGAAACGAAAGAAGAGCCUCUACAAGCCACAUUUUAGUGAUUUUGUCGGCCAGGGAAGAGAACAAGGCUUCCAAGGUCGGUACACUUCCGACAUGAAUCUACUCAUCCAGGCAACCGAGUCCUCCUUUGAGAGCGAGCAUAAGACCUCUCAACUCACCAAGGAAGUGUUCGACGGAACACACCCGCAAGGCCUGCUGAUUGCACAGCAGCUUGCUUCGCUCGGCAUCAAGCAACUCGAAAAGCUUGCUCUUGCUCGCCCACAAGAAUGGGACGCCCUUUCCAAGGGUAUGGCCAUUUGGGAUUUCACUACCAAUAAGUUCCAUGGCGAACCAUCUGGUCACGUUUUUUUGUGUCUUUUCCCAAAGAUUUCUCAGAGAGCGUUCAGCGAGUCACCUGCCCACGAGGAAUCUCGAAAAGAGGAAGAAAGUACUCGGGAUAAGGUCAUCAAGCUGAUCAAGUGGAUUUACUCUCAAUGUGGUCCUACAAAGCGACCUGCUUGGCAUGCUAAAGAAAAACUGAAGAUGCAAACCGAGGGGCCGAGUCCGGAAGUCUUACGCUGUCUCAACAGAGCCACAAAGCCACCACGGGUUGUGAUCAACAUGGCCAGGUCCAUCCCAGACAUCAGUGAACUCGAGGACAUGAUGCGAGACUAUGUCGACCCACGCGAGAAUCUCGACUAUUACAUGUCAAAGCCAGUCGCACUGAAGCAUAUGUUCGGCCUCCUCACGAAUAUCUUCAACAGAAGGACAAAUAUUCGUGUUCUUCACUUUCAGAAGACGCCGCUUCUUGACCGACGACUUUUGUCAUGCAUCUUGCGUGCUUGCCCUCAUAUCACGACCCUCGGUAUCUAUCAAUGCCCCUUGAUUCACUUUGGUGAUAUCAUCUGCAUUUUGGACCUUAUCCAUGAGGUCAACUUGAAGCGCAGCAGUCAGGGCUUGCCGCUGGUAGAAGCCUUAGACUUUUACCCUCUGUACCAAGCCGGCAUGCCCUUCAAGGUGCCCGCUGCCGAAAGACUCACCCGGGCAGAGAAGCAGCGUGGUAUGGAGCCUGCUGCGAGGGAAACCCUUGGAUACGGCAUCACUUGGACCCAUGAGGACCUCCAGGUGGUUCAGCGAGGCGUUUUUGCUAUUCUUCUGAAAACUGUCCUCAAGGCUCGCAAGAUGGGCAUCCGUCUCUUGUUGGAUAAAGACGCAGCCUUCAUGAAGUACCUUACAGAUAUCCCUAUGCUACCUGGGAUGAUUUUUCAAUUCCUAGACGGGUUGUACCGCUAUCUGGAUCUCAAAGAGGCUGGGUCCCAAGACCACACCGCCAUGACGAGAGCAAAGUACGACAUGAUCCUGGCCGUACGCACUGGCCUAAAGCCGCCAAAUUACAACAGUCUCGACCCGUCGUACGACGAUACUCGAAAGGUCACUUCACUCUUUUGCCGUUCGUGUGGGUACAAGAUGUUGGACGUCUUCUUCUGCCCCCGGCAGAUCCAAAACCGACCUGACCCUCAAGAUUGCGCUGGGUGUACGCUUCAGGGUUUGCUUGACCACCAAAGCGAUCAUCAAAAGCAGCAUGACAUCAAUCUGAUGGGACCCUUCUUAGAGAAGAACUGGGACCCCAAAGGUUUCAACGUUGAUGCUCCAGUCCAUGACCAUGGCCAAGAACUCCUUUCGUUGCACACCCGGAAGACCACAAAUGAUCUCCCUCAGAUGGUGCUCCUCCCAAAUGGUGAUUUCGACCGGCCGUCGUUACAGGAGCAACUUAUUUGCGAGCACAAGAAGAAUAACGACUGUCUCCAGGGCCUGGUCACCCUUCAAGACCUGCUCCUACAGAAUGACGCCCAGACAGAAGACCAGAAGAACGACCAGAAGGCGGCUGCUAAGAACUAUGCCCUCAAUAUUGAUGCAUGCCGAGCCCUCUCGAUCAUCAUGGUUUACAUUGACUCCGAACUUGCUGGGCUGGCAGACAAUCACGGUGUCGGGGGUCAUUUCUGUGAAGGCCAAGGAUGGCGUCCUCGCAUUGACGGCUUCAGAGAUCCAAAGCGAAGCCACACAUUCGACUCAGCCGCGAAGGUGGCCGCAGAGCUCAAGGUGGCGGCCGAAAUUGAAGAAGGUCAACGACCGAAGCAGGAUGCUGCCGGAUUUUGGUGA